AGGAGAAAUAUAUAAGGCUAAAACUAUUCUCCAUUUUCUCUAUACUAUUUUCUGGGUAAUAUCACAUGAAAACAUUUUAGGAGAUGGAAAAUGAAGACGGCUAUAUGGUGUUGGAUUGUAAGAAUCUUUUCAAAUCCAGGCAGAGGUCUAAAGAUUUCUCCCUGUAUCCACGAUAUUAUCGUCUUAUGCUAGUAUGCAGCUGUGUUGGGAUCCUUAUUUUCAUGAUCACUCUGAUUUCCCUGAACUUUUGGGAUUUAUUUAUUUCAGAGAGAGAGAGCCUGUGUUCAAGUCAGGGGGAGGAACAAAGGGAGAGAGAAAAAGAAUCUCAAGCAGACUGCCGGCUGAGUGGGAGCCUGAUGAGUUUUCUCUUGAUGGGACCAAUGGAUCACAAGAGCUGUGCAGUCAUAACAGGAAAUCAGGUAUAUUCUGAAGACUGUAACUCCAGAUUUAAUGGCAUUUGCCAAAGAGAUGCUGUCUGAACGACAAAAGCAAAUCUGUGCGUUUAAAUAAAGACUUGGAAUAAAUUCUUGUGGCUGUUAACAGUGCCUAUCCUUUUUUUUUUUAAAGUGGAAUGCAAAUUUAUUUCUUUUCUAUAUUAUUAAAAAA